AUGUACAAAGAGCGGGUGAAGCCACUCUGGUGCGUGUACGACAAUAGGGUUGACGAACGGCCAUGGCGGUUCCUUCCUCGAGACAUCCCCACUGCCCAGUGCACGUCCGUGGUUUACGCUUACCUAGGCCUCAGCCGUGGUGGUCGGAACCUGACGAGCUACAAGCCAAACUUCGACUUUGGACCCGCCGGACUUAGCGCCAUUUCAGCACUGAAGCGACAGCAGGAACGCCCUGUACGCUUGCGCGCUCUCUUGGCCGUGGGGGGCCCAGACACGGACAGCCGGUUGUUCGCGCACCCCGUCGAAGGCACCGAGGGCGCGCGCUCAGCGCUCAUGGCGAACGCCGAACACUGGCUGCGCGUGUUUGACUUCGACGGCCUCCUGGUGCACAUCGACCGCCCGGAGAGUUUCACCACCUCAGACUAUACCAUCAACGAGUUUGUCUUUGUGGGUACACAGCGCGUGAGAAGCAGCCAGCCAAGUAGCCUAAUUCAUUGCUCUUCAUGCUAUUCCGCCUAUUCAGAGCUUUUUUGCCGUGUUCAGUACGGUUACUGA